AUGGAGACCAUCCUCACAUCCACAACUUGCCAACUGACCACCUUCCGCUCUCCCUCCUCCUCCUCCUCUUCCUCGCUCCCUCUCAAAUUCUCUUCCUCCAUCGCUCCCACUCUCCGGGACACCAGGAAGAAGGCGGUCGCCGCCUCCCCCGUCCGGCGGCGACCCGCGAACCCGGCCGUCCCGCUCCGAGUCCGGGCCAACUCCCAAGCCGCCCCUGCCUCCGCCGAGGCCGCCAAGGCCGCCGGAGUGCCCGGCGAGAUGAAGGCGUGGGUGUACGGCGAGUAUGGAGGGGUCGACGUGCUCAAGUUCGACCCGAAGGUGUCGGUGCCGGAGGUGAAGGAGGACCAGGUGCUGAUCAAGGUGGCUGCCGCCGCGCUCAACCCGGUCGACGCCAAGAGGAGGCAGGGGAAGUUCAAGGCCACCGAUUCUCCUCUCCCGACUGUUCCAGGCUAUGACGUUGCUGGCGUGGUGGUAAAAGUUGGGAGCCAGGUAAAGGAACUGAAGGAAGGCGACGAGGUAUAUGGGGACAUAAAUGAGAAGGCCUUGGAAGGGCCUAAGCAGUUCGGUUCAUUAGCAGAGUAUACCGCGGUGGAGGAGAAAUUACUGGCUCUCAAACCGAAGAACAUCAAUUUUGUUCAGGCUGCUGGGCUUCCUCUUGCCAUCAGUACAGCCUAUGAGGGCCUUGAGAGGACUGGGUUCUCCGCUGGUAAAUCAAUUCUUGUUUUAGGUGGUUCUGGUGGAGUUGGAAGUCUCGUCAUUCAGCUAGCAAAGCAUGUUUUCGGUGCUUCAAGAGUAGCAGCCACUUCAAGCACUGGGAAGUUGGAAUUCUUGAAAAGCUUGGGUGCUGAUUUGGCUAUUGAUUACACAAAAGAAAACUUCGAAGACCUCCCAGAAAAGUUUGAUGUAGUCUAUGACGCUGUUGGUCAAUGUGACAGAGCAGUCAAAGCCAUAAAAGAGGGAGGGAUCGUGGUAGCCCUAACUGGCGCUGUGGUACCACCUGGUUUCAGAUUUGUAGUCACUUCCAAAGGAGAGGUCCUAAAGAAGCUGAACCCAUACAUCGAAAGCGGGAAGGUGAAGCCAAUAGUCGACCCCAAGGGACCCUUCCCUUUUUCUCAGGUUGCCGAGGCCUUCUCCUACAUCGAGACGAACCGAGCGAGCGGAAAGGUAGUGAUACACCCCAUUCCAUGAGAAGGGGCACAUGUAGCUAAGGGAUAAAUUUUGUAUCUUAAUCAUCCCACUGAAUGACUACGUCAUUUGUGACAAUGCACUCUACAGAUAUAACAUCCAUAGGGUGAAGUCCUUUUGUAUAUGAAUACAGGGAACUUCCCUUUGAAGCUGCUUCUUUCACAA